UAAGAGAGAGAGAGAGAGAGAGAGAGAGAGAGAGAAUGAAUGAAUGAAUGUUUUUAUUUCCUAAAUUUCCCAACAAGGAUAGGGAUAUAUGACAGUAAAGAAAGGUCUUUACAAUGAUAGUAAGCCAAACCUGUGUGUGUGUGUGUGUGUGUGUGUGUGUGUGUGUGUGCGCGCGUGCACGCGCAGUAGGCUCUCUGCGUCUCAGCGCCGCGCCUUUUGCACAAAGACUCUUCUAAUAAAGCCAGUCAAGUUCAGCGGUGGCGCAUUAAUAACUUUCCCAGCUGCUUGAUCCAUCGAUGAGGAGGGAUUUGCUCCCGUUCAUUUCUCUUCACUUGUGAAAAUGGACUGGAGGAUUGUUUACUGCCUGAUAUAAAAAAAGAUAAAAAAAAAAAAAACAGGUGCUUUUGAAAUUCAGUGCACACCUUUUUGCUGAUUUAACUCUGAUUAGCGCGCGCGCCGGGGCCGGGGCCGGGGACCUGCAGGCUGGAGCAUGGAGACAGCAGAGAAUUCCGAGAAAUCUCACCUCAUUCACGAGAGAAACACCAAAACAUACUCUCUCAAACUCACAAGUGAAUUUCCUGGUUCGAAAGAAAGCUACCCAAGUCAGGUGUAUGAGAAUGGGGACGCUACCGGGGCCAUUGAGAUGAAGAGGCCUGUCGGAGCCCACUGCCAUGGAAACAAAGCUCAGUGGGAGGAGAACCGCGAUAAGCUGGUGGCCAAAAAGAAGCUGUACAUUGCCUCUAUCGUCUGCCUGGUCUUCAUGAUUGGGGAAGUGAUUGGUGGGUAUCUCGCUCACAGCCUGGCCAUCAUGACAGAUGCUGCUCAUCUGCUCACAGACUUUGGCAGCAUGAUGGUUAGUCUUUUCUCCCUGUGGAUUUCCUCUAGACCUCCUACCAAGACCAUGAACUUUGGCUGGCACCGAUCAGAGAUUUUGGGAGCGCUGAUAUCCAUAAUGUCCAUCUGGAUAGUUACUGGGGUGUUGGUGUACCUUGCUGUUGAGAGAAUUGUAAAGAAUGAUUAUGAAAUUGAGGGCAGAGUGAUGCUGCUUACUUCAGGAUGUGCUGUUGUAGUCAACAUCAUAAUGGCGUACAUCCUCCAUCACUCCACCACUUUUCAUGGGAAUGACUCUGGCUAUCACAAGAUCACUGAAAAUGGGAUGAGUCCUGUGGGCCAUGGCCACUCCCACAGCCUCCUGGGCAGCCAUGGAAACACCAGUGUCAGGGCGGCAUUCAUCCAUGUUUUGGGUGACCUUUUACAGAGCUUUGGGGUGAUGGUUGCAGCCAUCGUUAUCUACGUACGGCCCGAAUACAAAAUAGCUGAUCCCAUUUGCACCUUCCUGUUCUCUCUGUUUGUCCUCGGGACAACGGUCACCAUUCUCCGGGACGUGUUCCGCAUCCUCAUGGAGGGCGCACCCAGAGGAAUUGAAUUUAACUCUGUGAAGGAGGUGCUGCUAUCGCUGAAAUCUGUAAAGGCCCUGCACAGUCUGCAUUUGUGGGCUCUGACCAUUGGGCAGACGCUGGUUUCCGUCCAUGUGGCCAUCGAGGAAAACGCAGAUCCUCAGAGUGUCCUAAAGGAAGCUACAGAGCUCCUGCAGACUAAGUUUGGCUUCUACAGCACCACCAUCCAGGUAGAGCCGUACAGUGAGGACAUGGCCUACUGCACCAUGUGCCAGGAUCCCAUGGACUAAUAUCACCAAGAACAUCCGGUGAGGAAAGCUGUCCUGGAAGUGGCCUGUCCAAAACACGUGUACAUUGUUUUUGACUUUGUUGGGGUCCAUAUCCAGAAAUACUGCUGGUGCAUUAGCAGGCACUUUUUACAUCAGUAUUCUUUGUUAUACAUACAUGCAGAGAUACUGCCAUCCUCUCACAUUUCCUCUGCUUUAUUGAAGUUUUCCUAAAAACAUAUACACUUAACCAGCUUCCCAUAAUAAGCUGUUCACACCCAGUGUCAAUAUUCUGGAGUGUUGAAGAGAAAUAUGCAUUGUCUUUUACCAAACAGAGGCAAUAAACGGCUAUCUUGCCCUCUACUGAACACCUCAAAAGAACCACAAGGCCUAGAUUAAUAUUUGAUACUUUACAUCGUUGGACCAUGUUGUAAGAAGCAACACGACACUUGAAGCUGUUUUCUUUUCCCACUUUCAAACAGAGAUCGGACACAAUGGCCCCUAAUCAUCAAAGUUGUAUAGGGUCAAAUUGGAAAACCAGCGCACACAAUGACGUUUCCUUGUUAAUCGAUUUCAUGUUCAGCAUAUCUAUAUGAUCAAACUCACACCUCGUUGGAGUGCAGUUCAAUUUGAUGCUUGAUUUGAAAUUAAAUAAUUAAAAUCAGCAUAAUCAAUAAUUACAGCAAGUAAGUAGAGGAGUAUAAGUAGUAACAUUAAAAAAUGACAAAUAUCAUUAAGACCUGUGCACACAGAAACCUGAUUAAAAUGUAGUUCCAUAGGCGUGUAGUUUGUAAAUGUUAAUUGCAGGGCUCAGAUCUAGCUCAUUACUCCUUCUAAUGAGUAACAGGCGUAUUUACAUACAAGAAGCGUCAUGGAGCUGCACUGGAUGAGGACCACAUGCUCAAGCCAUUCAAAGACGCUUGGACAUCAUCGCAAAUUCUUAAUUCAAAUUUUUUAGCUUACUGCGGAUUUAAUUUAUUUUGGUAUUCUGACUUUUGAUUGAUUUCUUUUAGGAUUAUUUGAAGGAUUUGUUUAUUUUAGUCAUGUUACAUCUGUCAUUUUAACACCUCCUCAUUCAGAACUGUGAUGCGUAUAAUAUGUGAUUAUUUUUAUUUUAUUUUAUUUUAUUUUUGUCCAGCAUCUCAGAGCUCCACCAGCAUUUUGCUUACCUAUAUUUAUGAAUAAAGCUGUAAAUAAGUCUAUAACAGUCUAUAUAGGAUUGCAAAAGACCUCAUGGACCAUCCAGUUUUCAUCUGAUGUGUACCUUCAUGCAAUUUUUUCCCCCCAAAAAGAACAUCUUUAUUUGCUCCAAACUAGGACAUAAACACAUCUCACUCAGCCUUACAGAAAUAUCUUUUUUUGCCCUCUCUAUUUACAUCAUUCCUUAAAUCUUUGAUUUAUGAAAUAUAGCCUGUUGAAUGAAUUCCUUCUAUUUGAACCACUAUAGCAAUUCCUGCAUAAAUUACCGUGUGGUUCCUGUAAACUGAUAUGAGGGUAAAUAUCUGCAUGUACGUAAGCAACUAGUGGGCAGGAGAUCGAUUCCCACACAUGAAGCUGAUUCAUGAUUCGCGCUCAAAUCACAAUCAGACUAUCAGAAUUUGUUCAUGCAUUGUUCUGUGCACUCAAAUCCACACUCAUUUCUACGCAGCUUUGAUGAAUAUAUACUUUUCUGUGUACAUUUCUAGAUUUUUAGUGUUUUGCAAGACAAAACACUUCUUCAGAACAAUUCUAGCAACUCUAAGUCCACAGGCAAGAAGACUAGGAAGAUAGCGAAAGCUGAGUUUCAGUGUGACUGCUGUGGGGUUUCAAAGCGACUGCUGAGGGGUUUCAGUGUGAAGGUUUCAGAGAGAGAGAGGGUUCAGUGCGACUGCUGUGGGGUUUCAGUGUGACUGCUGUGGGGUUUCAGUGCGACUGCUGUGGGGUUUCAGUGCGACU